AUGCUGGUGUUCGGUUUGCCGCAGCGCGUGAUCGCGCGCCUGCCCGACUCGCUCUCGCUCAGCGGACGCACGCUUACGCAGCUGAUCCCCAUCGUCUGGCGCAACUACGCCCGAGCGGGGCUCGAGCCCUCCGCUUCGGCCGAAAGUGGCACCAGUGAUGGCAACGCCGACGCCGACGCCGACACCACCAAGCCCCAGCCGCUCAAGGAGGAGGACGUGAUGGACGACAUAUUGGACUCGAUCAAGUGCAUGGACAAGCGACUGGGCACGCUCCGGCAGCUGGCGUACACCACGCGAAGCGAGAACGUCACCAGCGGGGUCAAGAUCGCCGCCUCUACUGCGACUUCGCUCUGGGGCGAGGCCGGCCUAUUCGAAUACAAGCUCACCAUCGCCAACGUCGACCCACACCGAACAUUUCAACUCAUCAGCCGAUGUCUUACCACCGUCGAUGGAACCGGCAACAAGCACGAGUCGGCCGAGCCGGGCAUUCUGACCAAGAACAGCGCCAUCCCCAAGCAGCCCCACCUGGCUCCCGGCGCGUCCCUGAAGUUUUCGUGCUUGGCGCCCCGCGUGUUCACCGACUACGCCACACUACACGGCUCGUUCCAGCUGAUCGAUGUCGAGAGCGGCGAGUUCAUCGACGCCAAGCUCGCGCCGCUCGGGCUCCACCUGAAGAAGCUCAAAUCCAACGCAAAGAAGGAGAGCAUCACCGGCGAGCUGCGACCAUCCGCCACCCUGGCCAUGCGAAGCAAAGGCAAGAAGGCCAAGACUCUGGCGCACCGUGGGCCACACCGCUUGCGAAGAGACAACCCAGGAUCCAGCUCCGUUCGACGACGAGACAAAUGA